UGCAUUUUGAACUAGAGGCCAAUUUUCUGUUAUUGACGUAGCGUUGUGAUCCUAAUUGACUUUGUACUUCUAUUGUUUACUUGGCAAACCCUGGCAGUUCCUCUAGCGACAAGUCCGUCGAUCCUCGCGUUUUAAGGGCUCUCCAAAAUACUGACUGAAAAUGACUCUCACCAUUGUUAAUUUUUCUAAUCAAUCUUAUCCGAGCUCUCUUCCAAAGUCUUCAUUGUUCGGUUGGCUGAGCGCAUUUCUGCUACUAUCCCUCGCCAUUCUGUUAUCCAACUUGGCAACCAUCGUUACCUUUCUCAUCAACAACCAUCUUCGUCGCCUAAGUAUGUACUGUUUGAUUAAUCUCGCCUUUGCUGAUGCCACCCAUGGUCUCAUCUCUAUUUUUUGGUAUUUGGUCUACAUGGAUCAUAUGGGGGACUUUUUGUUCGGGUUUAAGCUGACUGGUAACGGUUUAAACCUUGUGGCAGGGAUGAUAAAUACAAGCACACUCGUCCUUUCUCUCAUAUCUCUGUUGCUCGUGUCUUUGGACAGGGUCUCAGCCACUGUUACUCCGUUUUUCCAUCGUUCCGUUACAAGCUCGAUGUACUACCGCGUGUUUGCCUUCACAUGGUUCGCGUCUAUAAUACUUGCGUCUCUACCAAGCGUAUUCACAACGUGGGAAAUCUACGGGCAUGAUAUCUGGUUUGAGAGCAUUGGAAAAUACGUAUGCGUGACCGCACAAGUCACAAUCAUCUUCUCCUACAGCGCAAUCUUUGUAAAAAUCCGUCUGCAAAACAAACAGCAUAAGAACGAAAGAAUCCCCGAGGCCACCUUAAGGGCUCAACGGAAGGAGCGCCACCUUGCGAUGACUCUGUUCAUAGUGACGAUUCUCUCCCUGAUGACUUGGCUCCCUUUUAUUAUUCAUCACGAAGUGGAUGAAAAUGGAGACACUUCACAGUUCUACGGGCCUUCGGAGCACAACCUAGAGCUUUGUACCGAGCUCAUACAGCUUUCAAACUCCUUCAUCAAUCCCAUAGUUUAUCUUUUUAGGAUGAAGGAGUUUCGAAGAGCAUUGUUUUCUUUGGUCAGGUGCUCACGAGCGAAUCGAGUUGACGCGUCUACAGGACAGCCGGAACCAAAGAAUCGGACUGGAAUUCAAACUAGACAAAGUGGACAAACCGGGACAUAGUAUAGGCAUUUCGAACAAAACGGGAUUGCGCUUCGAAUUGCCACCAUUUUGAAUUACGACCGCGCGCGAGUUGGAUAUGAGUACAAAAAAGAAAAACUUCCUCCACCGCUUUUGCCUUUUGUACUCAUACCCUGUCCACGCGCGGUACACCAA